UGACAGUGGAGGAGAGGCAACGCAGUGGGUGUCGCCUACUGCUUUAAGGAGUGUGUCAGCAACAGAGAGAGAGAGCGAGGGAGCAUUUUAAGCAAGAAAAGGAGCGAGAAAACGACUCAGGAAGGCACAAAUAGCAAAGGCAGAGGUACAGAUGAACAUAAGCCAAGAAUUAAGUCUUAAUAGUCAAGACAGACUGAUCUCUGACAGUGGUAGGAUGAAUGAAAACGGGAUGGCGCCCCCUGCUGGCUUUCCAGAGCUCCGACUGGUCCUCCUAGGAACCAUAGGCUGCGGCAAGACCCACUCCGGAGACACCAUCCUGGGGACAUCCUCCCGGGUCUCCGACUACACUUCCCCCAGGAUCUGCCAAAACAGGCAAGGCCUGUCGGAAGGGCGGAUGCUGAACCUGGUGGAAACCCCGCGCUGGUACUGGUCGGGAGGCCGGGUGGAGACCACCGUCAGGCGGGAGACGGCACGGGCCCUCAGUCUAACGGCCCCGGGGCCCCACGCCUUCCUUCUCCUCAUCCCCGUGGGGCAGUUCACCGAGGUGGAGGGGCGGGUUCCCAGCCAGAUGGAGGAGAUGUUCGGGCAGGACGUGCUGCGGCACACACUGGUGCUGUUCACCUGUGGGGACUACCUGAUGGGGAAGGGGACGGAGGAGUACCUAGCAGGGGAGGGGCCAGGCCUGAAGGAGGUGCUGGACAGGUGUGGGGGGCGAUACCAUGUCAUUAACAACCGCAGGCCCCAGGACAGGGGGCAGGUCCGGAGCCUUCUGGAAAAGGUGGAGAACAUGGUGCGAAUUAACGGGGACUGUUACGUUCACCACAUAGCCGCCCCGGUAGAUGCAGAACGGAGACCGGUGGACAGGACGUGGAGUUCAAACCCGAUGGUGCUCAAAACACAGAACCGGAGAGAGUCGUGGGACGGGUCGCGCCUCACCGGGACGGAGGAAAGAGACAUAGGGGUGGAGGAGGCGGUCACCGCGAAGCAACUGCCCAACGGACUGCAUGCAGCGGCGCCGCCACGUCGAACAUCAGACUCCAGCAACCCGCUGGAGAGAAGACCCAGCUUCCGUCUGUCUGCAGAGGGCGCCCUGCUCUCCCAGCUCAUGGAUGAAAAACCAGCCCCGAGCUAUGUCAAUACCAUCUUCCACCGUAUCUCUUCCACCUCUGAGGAGGCGCCCCCUACCAUUUCCCAUCCUUCCAGCUCUGCGGAGGACGCCGUCUUUCCAUCCCCUGCUCCCUUCCUCUCCACCACUCUUCCAGAGCUGAGGCUCCUCAUCCUCGGCCGAAGGGGCACGGGGAAGAGAGACAUGGGGAACUGCAUCCUGGGAAAGGAGGCGCUCCUGUCCCGGGACGGCGCUGAUCUGGAGUGCGAGAGGAGAACUGCCAUUGUGGCAGGGAAUCAGGUAGCUGUGGUCCACACCCCUGACUGGCUGGACUCAGAGCACCUUCUGGAGGAUGUGCAGAAGGGUCUCUCCGAAGGCCUGUCUCUCUCCUCCCCGGGACCCCACGCCUUCCUGCUCUGCGUCUCAGUGGACCAGCCGGCCGCCGUCGAGCUACGGGCCCUGAGGGCCGUGGAGGGAAUCCUGGGCCCUGACGCGCUCAGGAGCCACAGCAUGGUGCUCUUCACACGUGGCACGCGGGGGGGCGCCAGCAUUGCCGAGCUGGAGGAGCACAUCGCCAGCCAUCGCCAGGACCUGAUGCAGCUGGUGGAGAAGUGUGGGGAUCGCUACCACGUGAUGGAGCCGGGGAGUGUCGGGGAGCUCCUGGAGAAGGUGGAGCAGGCGGUGAAAGAGAGCGGGGGGAGGUGCUACAGCCAUGGAUCCAACCACAGAGUGACGGAGGCAGAGGAUGAGGUCCAGCAGAUGCUCUCCUCUUUUCUGCAGUGUGUGAAAGAGGUGGAGGAGGAUGCAGUCGAGCAAAAAGGGAGCCUGACAGAGAGUCACAAGGGCCAACCAGAUAGCCCUGCCUCUGUCUCCUCUUCCUCCUCAUCUCCCUCGCUCCUUCACUCCUUGUGCCAGAGGGUGGUAGAGGUGUUGAAGGGUGUCCCAAAGCUGCUGGCCGGCGGGGCCCUUCUGGGUGGGGUCUUAGGAAUAUAUCUGGGCGGACCACUAGGGGGCGCUGUGGGGGCGUCUGUUGGCACGGUGGCCACAGAGGUGGGGAGACGAAAGUACAGUGCCAAAAUGAAAACACAGUGA